AUGGAGGCUUUUGCCACGUAUCCAGACCUUGAGGGCAAGGUGGUGGUCGUCAUGGGCAUCGGUCAGUCAGGCCCAACUGAUGUCGAGACAUGGGGAAACGGCGCGGCAAUUGCUCUUGGAUUCACUCACAACAAGGCCACAGUAUUUGGCUGUGAUAUCAGUAUCGCGGCGGCCGAGUUCACGGCAAGAAGACUGAGAGAAAGAGGCGGAGCGUGCGAUGUCAUGGCCGCCGAUGUGACGAAGCUGGCGGAUGUCCAGACUGUCAUCGACUCAGUCAUGGAGAAAUACGACCGCAUCGACAUUCUGGUCAACAAUGUUGGCAUGACAAUAUCUGGGGACCCCGCGACACUGGAAGAGGCAGUGUGGGACAAGCAGAUUGAUAUCAACCUAAAAAGCGUGUAUCUCGCAUGCCAUGUGGUCCUACCAAUAAUGCAGAAGCAAGGAUUCGGCUCUAUCAUCAACAAUGCCAGCAUUGCAGGCAUCCGCUACCUUGGAAAACCUCAGGUGGCAUACAACGCAGCAAAAGCCGCAGUCAUACAAUUCACCAAAGCCACAGCCUGUAUAUAUGCUCCGAUAGGGAUCAGGAUGAAUGCUGUGGCCCCAGGACUUAUGCAUGUUCCUUUGGUCGAGACUUUGGCGCGAAGUGAAGACCCUGGGCAGCAGGCGGCCUACAGAAAGAUUGUUGAAAACAAUGUACCAAUGGGACACAUGGGUGAUGCGGUUGAUGUGGCUAAUGGGGUUGUGUUCUUGUCGAGUGCCUCGGCGAGGUACAUCACUGGGCAUACGCUCGUCAUUGACGGAGGCUUGACGUGUAGCACAGGAACCUAG